ACUCGGCUACGUACUACGUACUGGUGGGUGAUCUUCACGCUGAUCGAGCUGAUCACGGCUCAUCACGAUUCAUCCCGAUACGGAACCACGACAGGCGACAGGUACGAUGAGAUCGAAAUCAAUUGCGAGACGUGUCACUGCUCAAGAAGGUAGCGAGGAUGAAAUAGACGUGUCCCGAGAGAAUUUGGGCGAUUCCAUGGAUGGUAAAAUGGUGCCGCCACAGUUCGACGCCUCCAUGGAACAGUACAACAACAAUCUGCCGCAGCGGGACGAGACGAUCGUGCCCAAUUCGACGAAGCUGAGCCUCAAACCCGAACGGGAGUUGCUGGAGAAAACGGUCGAGGAGAACUUCAAGUAUUUUCACGAGAAGCAAAUUCUGAACAUGGCCGAACAAGUUAACAGUCUUAAGAUUUAUAUGAAGGCGCGGGAGAUCGUGGCAGGUACUGCUGCGGUUCCGGCCGAGAUUGAUCUGCGUGAUUCGGGAGUUUUCGCCAAGUUCAACAUCUCCAGAGGCACGAGGUACGGUCCGUUCCAGGGGAAAUGGGCGGAAGUACCGCAGGACAGCCGAUUCGCGUUCGAGGUGAUAGCUGGUACGGAAUGCAAAGGAUGGUUUGAUGCGUCGUUGGACCACCAAAAUUGGCUAAAACUAAUUAAAACCAGUCAAUUUAAGCCCAAUAUGAGAUACUACUUAGAAGGGGGAAAGCUAUGGUACGAGUCGUGUGUGGACAUCCCUCAAGGAUCCGAACUGGUACUGGGGCGCAGAGAUCCACUGAACUUGCCUGAGAUGCUCGUCGAUUGUAACUCAGCAGACGAGCGAUCUGACCGAGAAACAGCUUCUCAGCAUAGUGGAACAGUAGAUGAAAGAGAGGAGGAUGAAGAGGAUGACCACGAGAUAAGGUGCAACGUUUGCGAACAACCCUUUACCGAUGUUGACAAGUGCGACGAACAUUUGAUUUCGAAACACAACUAUAGACGGGACGAAUAUCGCUGCGAUUUGUGUCCAAAGGCCUACUCGUUUCGACCCUAUUUGCUCAAACACAGAGCCGUGCAGCACGGCGAAACCAGAAAGUAUCACUGCGAGAAUUGCCCGAAGGUCUUCACCGAUCCAAGCAACCUCCAGAGGCACAUCAGGUCGCACCACGUUGGCGCUAGAUCUCACGCCUGUCCUGAGUGCGGCAAAACCUUUGCCACCUCGUCGGGAUUGAAGCAGCACACUCACAUACACUCAUCUGUGAAGCCCUUUCAAUGCGAAGUAUGUUUUAAAGCUUACACUCAAUUCUCCAAUUUAUGCAGACAUAAGCGAAUGCACGCCGAUUGCCGUAUGCAGAUAAAGUGUGUAAAGUGCUCCAACUCCUUCUCGACGGUCACGUCAUUGUCGAAACACAAACGUUUUUGUGAUUCGACGGCCACAGCUCAAACGCUGACGACCUCGCCGCAGUUGCCUUGUCAACAAAUGGUCAGCAACAAUCCGUUCUCGAUGUACCGACCACCGUGUCCUCUGCCCUUUUUCCCCUCAGCGUUCCAAUAUCCGCCGCAGAUGUUCUCGCAUUCGAAUGCUGCAGCGGCUGCCUUCUUGAAUCCGUUGUAUUUUAAUACGUUGUCGAAGCUCAAAGCGGAUGGACAACAGGAACAACAGAAUAAGAUUAGAACUGUUAGUCCGGAGAGGUUCAGUCCUGUAAAGGACAGACUGACUCCUCCGAGAAUGGGGAACGUGCAGACGAAAAUUAGUCCCCCGACAGCUGAGGAGGCGAAUUUGACACCGUCUCCUGCCAGGCCUGUCGCUCUACCACAUCCCAGAGAGAUCAACUUGCAAACUUCCGAUGAAGAAGAGCAUCCCAAAGAUUUGACCAAAGACAGACCGCAAUCGUCCAGUAGUGAAGAAGGUGAACAGCCUUUGGACUUGAGUUGCGGUUGGAAAAAGGCAAAAAGUCCCGUACAGGACAAAACCCCAACAAAGUUCGAAGAACCGAGGUCCAGAACACCUCCGAACACACCCAAAGAGGAAAAGAUUGAGGUGGUGGAAGUGGAGGAGGAAAAAAAAUCUCCUACCGAUACAAUCUCGAUGAAUCCACCGAUGGCAUACCCGAGACCAAUUCACCCCAUGAUGUUGGAAAUGUACAGACCAAACUUUCCAAACUAUCCCACCCAAAAUAACGAUCGGUUGUUCUCGCCGUUCAACCAUCGUUUUCAAUACAUGAACCCGAUAACGCCACAAAGGAAUUUCGAUUUGUUGAGGCCCGGCCUUCAGAAUUUGGGGGGUGUGCGCGGUUUUCCGGACGUGUUGCCGUCGCAGACCCAGGGCAAAAUGAAGGACAGGUACGCCUGUAAGUUUUGCGGUAAAGUUUUUCCCAGGUCGGCUAAUCUAACGCGCCAUUUAAGGACUCACACCGGAGAGCAACCUUAUAAAUGUCGGUACUGUGAACGGUCCUUCAGCAUCUCCAGUAAUCUGCAGAGGCACGUACGAAACAUUCACAACAAGGAGAAGCCGUUCAAGUGUCCCUUGUGUGAACGAUGUUUCGGACAGCAAACCAAUUUGGACAGACAUCUCAAGAAGCACGAGGCUGACGAUGGCAACGGAGUUGUGGCGGUUGCGGACUCGCCGGGGAGUAGCAACGAAAAUGAGAGGGAGGAUGCCUGUUUCGACGAAAUCAGGAGUUUUAUGGGGAAAGUAACUUACGGCGGACAGGAGAUUUAUAAUCAGACUUCUUUAUACACUCCGACACAUCACGACAUCGACGUUGUAGGGAAGGAUGACGAAGACGAGGAAAGAUUUUCGAAGAGUCCGGAAGAUUUCUCGCCCAAAAAGCUGAAGGUGGAUCGUGAAGAGAUUCUAAAUAAUAACGACCAGACAAUAGAAAUUACUACUUAGUGAUAUUCAUAAAUGCAAUUUUUCGGUCGAAGUUGUCACUGUGUUACUCUUCAAUAUCAAUUAGGAUUAGGCAUAGCUAUUUAUUGUAUAUAGAUACUCUCUUGUUUUAUCUACAAGUUUUGUAAAGUUCCUACACAAGUUUUGUCAAUUUUUCCAAUCCAUUUCAACGCACGUUUACUCUACAUAUUGCACAAUGUUUUUAAACUUAGCUACUAGUUUUUCAAAUGUACUUAAGCGCAAUUGUCUAUGUAUAUAUUUAAAAAUUUGAAAAAAAAGCGUGUGGUCAUUUUUAGGAAGGAUUUGUAUAUAUUAGAUGAAUAAUUUGUUGAAUUGGUACAAGCAUGAGUUUUAAUUCGUAAAUCGGAUGAUUUAUUUCCAACUCGGAUCCAGCCAAAGUUUAUUUUAGAAAUUAUGUUUUUUAUACAAAAUUUUUUAUGUUUCAGUUUUGAUUUUGUCAAAUUUUAUUUUGUAUAAAGUCUGUCUUAAGUUUGUAGUGUUGAACGUACUAGAGGAUAGUUUAUUCAUUAACAUUUCGAGUUUACACUCUAUGAAUCAUAAUAAAUUUAGAAUUAACAACACUGACCGUAAAAACAAAUUAAUAAAAUUUAUUACAGUA